UUGACUGCAUUGCACACUGUUGCCCAAUAGAUGCCAUUGCCAGUCAGAGACUUGUUGUACAGAGAGAGCAGAGUGAGACUCAGUUUGCAGAAAUUCUCAGAAGCACGUUUCCACAGCUUCAAGGGAGGGACUUUGAGCUGUGCAGGGUUGAUGCACAGAGGCAGGUUUCACGUUUGAAUCUGGAGUCAAAAACCCCAGCAGCCAUAAUUGCUAGUGGGCAGCUAGGAAGAUCAGCACUUUAUGUACUGGAGAAGAGUACUUCUGCACUUGAACAAGUGAGCUCCUCUGCAGCUCCAGCCUUGGCCUCCUAUCCAGCUCCAGCUCUAUCCGUGGCCUCCUAUCCAGCUCCAGCUCCAGCUCUAGCCUUGGCCUCCUCUUCAGCUCCAGCUCCAGCUCCAGCCGUGGCCUCCUAUCCAGCUCCAGCCUUGGCCUCCUCUUCAGCUACAGCUACAGCUCCAGCCGUGGCCUCCUAUCCAGCUCCAGCUCCAGCUCCAGCCUUGGCCUCCUCUUCAGCUCCAGCUCCAGCUCCAGCCUUGGCCUCCUCUUCAGCUACAGCUCCAGCUCCAGCCGUGGCCUCCUCUUCAGCUCCAGCUCCAGCUCCAGCCGUGGCCUCCUAUCCAGCUCCAGCCUUGGCCUCCUCUUCGGCUCCAACUACAGCUCCAGCCGUGGCCGCCUCUUCAGCUCCAGCUCCAGCCUUGGCCUCCUCUCCAGAAGUUCCAGUGGCAUUUUCUUUACUCAGUCCAGACACAGAUAUUUAUAUCUCGGAUGAUGAAGAUGAGUAUGAUGUUGACCUCAAAUCAUUGUUAAAUACAAUGUUAAACAAAGUGGAUUUUACGGCUGCACCCAUUUCCAACCAAAUCAAUGCAACCCGAUGCAACAUCCUAGACAGUGGUAUCAGAGCCUUCCAACGCCAACGUUUUAACCCUGAGGCAAAACUAGAUGUUGUUUUCAGAGAUGCUGAUGGGAUUGGUGAGGGAGCAGCUGAUGAGGGUGGACCUACAAGAGAAUUUUUAACUUUGCUGAUGAGGGAAAUCCACUCAUGUGAAAUAUUUGAUGGAGAGGACUGGAAAAAAAACACUUGCCUGCAAUUCCAAAGCACUGUACAAUGGAAUGUACAAGCUAGUUGGACGGAUGAUAGCUGUGUGCCUGGUGCAUGGUGGUGUGGAGCCACAUUUUUUUUUUCGGAAAGACUGUUUUGUCAGGUGUGCAACCUUCAGCCCCCAGUACCAGACCUUCAAGAGAUUGUGGACUACGACUUCAGAGAAAAGAUGACCAAGAUCCAUUUGGCACAGAAUGUAAAUGACGCACAGUGUGCUAUAAUGGAGGCAUCUGACCAAUUAAGUAUGCUGGGGUCUCUAUGGCACAUCCAGACGUUAGAGGACAGAGACAACUUGGUGGAAUCGGCUACCAAGUUUUUCACUGAGAACAGGUUGAGGGAUUCCUUGGAACAAUUUAAAGAGGGCCUGGAGUGUCUUGGGCUUUUGCCUUUGAUGCAAAAGCAUCCUGAGCUCUUCAAAGAGGUAUUUAUGUACGAGGAGAAGCCCCUUUUGGCUGAAGACAUAUCUGCUUUGUUUAAAGCAGAACUUUCUACAGUUGGCAGCAACAGGAGAGUAGUGGAGAGUAGAACGAUCUGUUUCUGGAGGGACUGGCUCAUAGAAGUGGAAGGGCUGAAGAAUGACCUCGAAACAAAGCUGUACGGGCAGCAUAUCGCUGCUGAGGUCAUCCUGAAAACCGUCACAGGCUUCAUGGAGAAUAAAAACCCAAAGAAACCGCUGGUUCUGUCCCUCCACGGCUGGACCGGGACCGGGAAGACCUUUGUUAGCCAGCUUAUAGCGGAAAAUAUUUACAAAAAAAAGAUGAAGAGCAGCUUUGUUCAUCUGUUUUCAGUGACAACACACUUUCCUCACAAGGCUCACAUUGACAAGUACAAGACGCAGUUACAGGAGUGGAUACGAGGGAAUGUCUCUAUCUGCCCACGUUCAAUGUUCAUCUUUGAUGAAAUGGAUAAAAUGCCCUUGGAGCUGAUCGACAGUAUAAAACCUUACCUGGAUUUCUCAGACAACCUGGACGGAGUGUCAUACAGACAGGCCAUCUUCAUCUUCCUCAGCAAUGCUGGGGCUAUGAUGAUCAAUGACGUGACUAUGAAAUUCUGGAGGGAUGGUAAAGAACGAGAGGAGAUCCAGCUGAAGGAUCUAGAGACGGUACUCUCACAGUCUGUCUUCAACAACGAAGACAGUGGUUUCUGGCACACUAGUUUAAUCGAUAGGCACCUGGUGGAUUUCUUCGUGCCGUUUCUUCCUCUGGAGUACAAGCACGUCAUUCAGUGUGGUUUGGCUGAGAUGGCCAGACAGGGUUUUACUCCAGAUAAUAAUGUGGUUAAAAGAAUGACUGAUGACCUAAUCUUCUUCCCUGAAGAGGAGCGCGUCUUCUCGCUCCAGGGCUGCAAGCUCAUUCCUAACAAAUUGCGCUUCUAUAUACCAUAACACACAGAAAAAGCAUCUCCAGUCUGUCAUUCUUCAUCAUUUAAAUUAAAUAUGUAACACAAAACACACAUGCACGAGCCUGAUGUAGGCUCCCCUCACUAAACAUUGGGUAACUUUUAAUUAGUUGAACUAAACAAAAUGGGAUUGUUUUUAUCAAGGUAUUAUAUUCCUUUAACGUCCAUCAUAAUUGCUCGUAACAAGUUACCAGAAUAAUCAAAUAUAUACAGAAUACAAUUACAAUUAAUGGAAGAAAGAAGAAGAAUGACAAAUGAGCAUUUUUCCAAAUGAAGACUAAAAAUAUUUUAUGUAGGCUACUUCCUUUAUAGCUUUAUACCUUUAACAUGAACAAAUAUAGAGAGAGCCUUUACACAUUAAAAGGGCUCUGCUGGACAAGGAAAUAUCUGAAGCCAGCAAUUAAAAACGAUUUUACCAUUUGUCAGAAAAAAAUAAAAUGAUUUCUAUCUAUUGUGUGUCAGUUUAACGCAUUUAUUUAUUUAAUUAGUCAUGGAAAAAUAACGCAGCAGCCAGAGCAAUAUCAUAUGCUGUUUUUGUCCAGAAUAGCACAAGUGCAAAUGUGAUUUUAUACAGCAGUUCAGUAAAUAAGAAGUUAAUAUUGUGUUAUAUUUCAAACAAUAUUGUCUGGCUGCAGACAUACUGGGCGAGUGGAGCUCCACUUAAGCUAAAUAUACAGCAGUAUAUUUCAUUGUACACAUGAGGUACUUUUUAUCCCUGUGUUCACCAAACCCAUCUUGAGUGUUUGCUGCUAAAAAGCUCAUUUUUUAGUUUCAUCUGACCAUAGAAGCCAGUCCCAUUUGAAGUUCCAGUCGUGUCUGACAACUGAAUAUGCUGGAGUUUGUUUUUGGAUGAGCGAGGAGAAUUUUUUUUGAAACCCUCCUGAACAACAUGUGGUGAUGUAGGUGCUGUUUGACAAUUUAUUUUUAAGGUUUUCUGACCCCGAGACUCAACUAUUUUCUGCAGUUCUCCAGCUGUGGUCCUUGGAGAGUCUUUAGCCACUCAAACUCUCCUCCUCACCGUGCAUUAGGACAAUAUAGACACACGCCCUCUUCCAGGCAGUUUUGUAACAUUUUAUGUUGAUUGGAAAUUCUUAAUUAUUGCCCUGAUGGUGGAAAUGGGAAUUUUCACUGCUCUAGCUCUUUUCUUAAAGCCACUUCACUAAUUUGUGAAGCUCAAUUAUCUUUUGCUGCACAUCAGAAAUAUAUUCUUUGGUUUUUCUCAUUGUGAUGGAUGAUUAAGGGAAUUUGAGCUUUGUUUUCCCUCCUAUUCAUAUUUCUGUGAAACAGGAAGCCAUGGCUGGAUAAUUUCAUGUUCAUAAUCACCCUGGAGUGCUCAAAAUUGUGAAUAUGAAUGGGAAUAUACUUCAGAGAUAUUUUACUCAUACAAAUUUCUAGGGCUGCCAAUAAUUGUGUCCAACAUGUAUUUGAGAAAAACAUUUAUUUCAUAAUGAUAUUUCCCCCCAUUUUAAAUUCUUAUUAUCCAAUGAAAGGUUAGAUUUUUGUGAUUUUUUUAAAUAAAAGAUCAAAAGGAUUAACAAUGCAGAUUCAUUUUCCCAGCCUUCUUUGAUCAUCUGGAGAUCAGCUGUUUGAGCUGUUGAAUGAGACGUCUUCCCGACAUCUAUACAACGUAUCUUUAUCACCCGAAAUAUGCCGGAUAUGUGCGUCAGGACGGGAAACUACAGCUUAACUAAUUUAUUGGGAAAUACGUGAAGAAAUAACGAUUAUUUAAAAUCCAUAUUCUUUGAUAUUUGCUUUUCUUUCUACAAGAACGUAUCAUGUUUAAAAGCAAACAUGACAUUAUUUUGUAGAUAAUGGAUCCAUAUUCCUUGUCCCAUUUUUGUCUUAUAUUAAUAUUUACAAUGAGGCACCAACACUUUUUUUUUCUUUACUUAUGCACAGAAUAACACUGUGUGCUAUACAUGGAUAUUAAUAUUGCUCUAAACGAUCAGGCAAAAUGUGACUUACAAUCUUUACUGGAAACAAAUGAGACCAAAAGCACAAUACAAAAAAAAAAAAAAAAACUUUUAACCACAUAAUACAUCAUGCACUUUUAAAUCUGUUAGUUUGAUCCUUCUGUAAUAGAUCAAUUUGAUCUUACAUACUAUACAAGUUAUUUUGUAGAGAGCAUAUUAGACCCUUGACUACUUAAAAGUGUUCAACAUUACAAGCUUGGUGAUUGGAUUAACGAUUAAAUGUACACAUAUAAUAUUUGAUGUUGAGCAAGUUACUCCAAAGAAAGUAAUAAUAAAAGUUAUUUUUGUACUUCAACAGUGUAAUGAGAUACUGCACUAAUAACUCUAAAAAUUAUGCAUAAAAUUAUUUUUGGACCAACAAGAACAAAUUUUAAUGUUUAACUUGAGACGUGUUUGUUAAAUUCGCCAUCAUUUUACACAGAAACGUUCUAUACUAUUUAAUGAAAUUACUGUACAUCCUACCUCUAAUUAAAUUAGGUUAAGAGCAAUCAAUUACCUUUUCAAGGUAAAAUUAAAUAAUUACACCCAAGACUUACCUGUCUAUUUAACUAAACAACUUCCUGCAAAGUUCAGCUCCAACCCUUCUUUAAUACUAUUAAAACCAGCCAUUUAUGAUCUUCACGAGCACUCGUUAAUUAGACAGGGGUGUUUGAUCGACGUUGAAUUAGAACUCACUCCAGGAACAGAAUUUGUCAUAAACAUUAUUGGGUGGCAAAGGAUUAGUUGAUCCUCCUCAUCAAGUGUAGAAAAUACUAAAUAUACUAACGACUGAUCUUGUCUGUUUUAUGUUCAC